AUGAAAUUGCUGACGACAUUGAAGCUGUUUCCUGUAUUUAUUGCAUGCCUCGGGGUGUGCAGCCACGCUGAUGGUUCUCCCGAUGAACGAGAUACCCUGCAAGGGAGAGCUGCAAGACUGCAACGAGACUCGCUGACCGCGCCGUCUCCAUUGCUUUACGGACGGGCAUUUCCCAAUGCACCCAAUGGUUACACGCCGGAGGGCGAAACUUGUCCUGCAACUAAACCAUUCGUCCGCAAUGGAUCAAUGUUGUCGGCGAACGAAACCGCAUGGCUGCAACUGCGACGUAACGUUACGGUGGACGCGAUGAAGGACUUCCUGGGUGGACUAGACUUCGGCUCCUUUGAUGCAUCUUCGUAUGUCCAGCAGAACACUGCCAAUGCGACUGCACUCCCAAAUAUCGGGAUUGCUAUAUCGGGCGGUGGUUAUCGAUCGCUGAUGACUGGCGGUGGCGCUCUGCAGGCCUUUGACACUCGAACACCCAACAAUUCCGGCCAGCUGGGAGGCGUUCUGCAGUCGGCAACUUAUCUCGCUGGGCUAAGCGGGGGUAGCUGGCUGGUAGGAUCUAUCUAUCUUAAUAACUUCACGGAUGUCACAUCGCUGCGAGACAGCGAAACAGUAUGGCUGUUCCAGGAUUCUGUCUUUGUCGGCCCAACGGAGAGUACGGACUUUUCUAUCACGACGCCCGAGUACUACUCGGAGUUGGAGGAUGCAGUGAGUGGAAAGUCUGACGCUGGGUACAACACCACGAUCACCGAUUACUGGGGUCGGUCGCUUGCGUACCAACUUAUUAAUGCCACCGAAGGUGGUAUAAGCUACACCUGGUCCUCUCUUGCCCAAGGCAAUGAUUUCCUGAACGGAAAUAUACCUAUGCCCAUUGUCGUCGCGGAUGGCAGAGCUCCAGGGCAGGUCCUCAUACCCGACAACACGACCGUGUUCGAAUAUAAUCCGUGGGAACUUGGAACGUUUAACCCGCCUUUAGAGGCCUUUGUUCCUCUCCAGUUUCUUGCAUCCAACUUCUCAGCCGGGACACUUUCAGAAAGUCGAAAGUGCGUCAGCGGAUUCGACAAUGCCGGAUUCGUGAUGGGCACUUCAUCAUCGCUAUUUAACCAAGCAUUCCUACUAAUCAACACCACUGAUGCACCUCAGGCAUUGAAGGAUUCCCUUAACGAUAUCCUAGGCACACUUGGAGAGGAAAAUGUGGAUAUCGCCGUGUACGAACCCAACCCAUUCUAUCUAUAUACCAACGAGUCCGAGUACGCCAAUUCCACCAUUUUGAGCCUGGUAGAUGGCGGAGAGGACCUUCAGAAUAUUCCUCUGGAACCUCUCAUACAGCAGCAGCGCAAUGUAGACGUGGUACUGGCGCUGGAUUCGUCUGCUGAUACGAGCACACGAUGGCCUAACGGCACCGCCAUGGUCGCCACGUACGAGCGCAGCCUAAGCUCACUUGGCAACAGCAGCGGCAUCGCAUUUCCGUCUGUACCGGACCAGAACACCUUCAUCAACCUAGGACUAAAUAACCGCCCGACGUUCUUUGGCUGCAACAGCUCCAAUAUCACUGGCUCAGCGCCGCUAAUUGUAUAUAUCCCGAACGCGCCGUAUAUCUACCAAUCCAACGUGUCCACAUUCGACCUGGAGUACAAUAUUACUGAGCGUGAUGCUAUAAUUGAGAACGGCUACGACGUUGCCACGCUGGGUAACGGAACUAUUGACUCCGAUUGGCCGACUUGUCUAGGCUGCGCGAUUCUCAGUCGCAGUCUGGAGCGUACCAACACUGCGGUCCCCGACAGCUGCACCGCGUGUUUCCAGCGAUACUGCUGGAAUGGUACGACGAACAGCACCGAUCCUGGCGCUUAUUAUCCUGACUAUAAGCUAUCACAGUUGCACAUCGAUAGCACCGCGGAAUAA